AUGACGGCACUUGAAGAUACAUCACCGUCACAGGAGGAUCUUUACUUCUGGUUGUGCAAAAAAGACACUUUGUGGUCUGCUCUCACAGUAUGCCAACGCAUCAAACAUCUCCGUCAGGCCAGCUCGAAUGGCCAGUAUCUAGAGCAACGAAUGUCCGGGCACAACGAACACAUACUCAUCGCCAAGGUAGAGCAGACCAUCAACUACCUCAUCGCGAGAUUGGGUCGUGGCAAAGCAGAUGAUCUCAAGGACAUCAUUUUCCUGUCGCUGGCGCUCAAAUGCGUACAGCUACCCGAAUCAUCCCCGGGACGACUUUAUGAGCUCCAUUCUACCACCAGGGGAAUAAUGACUGCUUGCAUGGAGCAGCUGUUACCACCCAAGCUUACCGCCAGCGGUCAUCAGCAUGAACGAGACGACGCCGAGUCACUAGCUAAGCGCACGAAAUCGUCCUCAAUACGCCCACCUCCAAAAGUUACGCCUACAUGGCCUGUCAGUUCGAAGCAAACGCCCGACCCGCUUCCAGCAACCCAUGGGCCAGGAAUCCGUGGAGAGACUGCCGAGCAAUACCUCAACGACUUUGCUGGGCUCGCCGCGGAGUUUGCCGAUUGCCAGACCGAUAUGUUUAGUCUCCACGCUGCUUUCGGUGGUGGCGUGGUGCAAGACUGGAAUUGCGACCACCUCUGGCAGUAA